UAAAUAAACCAUCAUACUAUAUCACUUCUAUCUAUCUCAAAAGCUGUUGCCUUUUUCCUCACAUUUUUUCGAAGAAUGGGAGUAGCACAAGUUAACCAAUUGUGGUUCCAUCUCAUGAUCAUCCUCUUCUUCAUCUCCGUAUCUUCUAUUUCUAGCUCUGAAUUAAAUUGUGUAUACUCAGUUUACGUUCGGACUGGGCAAUUCAUUGCGUCUGGAACUGACUCAAAAAUUACCUUAAGUCUUUACGAUGCCGAUGGCUAUGGACUUAGAAUCAAGAACCUACAGGCGUGGGGUGGGCUUAUGGGCGAAGGUUAUGAUUACUUUGAAAGGGAAAAUUUGGAUAUGUUUACUGGUCGUGGUCCAUGUUUGAAUGGGCCAAUCUGCAAAAUGAACUUGACUUCUGAUGGUACAGGCCAACACCCUGGAUGGUACUGUAAUUACGUAGAAGUUACUUCUACAGCAGAGCACAAACGAUGCAACCAGCAGUUAUUCACAGUGGAAAAUUGGCUUGGUGCUGAUGUUUUUCCAGAUGGGCUUACGGCCAUUAAGAACAACUGUGGCCGUAAGUCAGAUGAGCAACUGUCUAGUUACGAUUCUGAUCAGUCCUAUCAUGUUGUUGAUGUAAUUUAAUUUGAGUUUAUUGAGCUUUAGUGCACCAGGGCUCAGAAUUUCUCUCUUUCUAUCUGUUUUCCCCCUUUUCCCAUCUUUUCAAUUUUAAUAUAUCAUCUGAUAUUGUAUGAUUUGUACAUGAAGGUCAAUUAGGCCAAGGCCUGUGUAUUGUCAUGAGUUAUACAUAAUUGGAAGGGAAAGUUCCUCUUCA